CCCAGGAACACCAUGGAGGCCCUGCCAGCCUGCCUGCUCAAGGACGUGUACCAGGAGGCGCUGGGCUCUGCGGUCAUCGGCAUUGACGAGGGCCAGUUUUUCCCAGACAUCGUGGAGUUCUGUGAGAUGAUGGCCAAUGCUGGGAAAACCGUCAUCGUUGCUGCUCUUGAUGGGACUUUCCAGAGAAAGGCCUUUGGGAGCAUCCUGAACCUGGUGCCGCUGGCAGAGAGCGUGGUGAAGCUGAACGCUGUGUGCAUGGAAUGCUACCGAGAAGCCUCCUACACAAAGAGGCUGGGAGCUGAGAGGGAGGUUGAAGUGAUUGGAGGAGCAGACAAGUACCACUCUGUCUGCCGAGCCUGCUACUUCCGUAAGCGGCCUCAGCAGCCUGGGUUGGAAAACAAGGAGAAUGUGCCCAUGGGGGUGAAGCAGCUGGACGUGGCUGUCUCCCGGAAAAUCUUUGCUUCUUGACUGCUGAGCUCCCGCAUGGGGGAGAAUGAUAGAAAGGAAGCUAAAUGCUACGGCUCCGACACCAGAUAUGGCUUCCCCUGCUUUUAGCAAAACUGUUAAGUGCCUUUGCUCCACCUGCCAAACCAAGCCGCUGUUCCUCUGCACCAGGCGCCAGGAAGAGGGGCAUCAACUGGACCUGAUCGUGUUGGGUUGGGAGCCCAACCAGAAGCAAGUUCCUCUCUCAGAAUGCUGACCAGGGAGCAGUGUAGUUACUGAUGCUGCCACACAUGAUGCUGUCCUGGGCAACUGCCUCAGCAAGCUGGGCUGCAGGGCUUCCAUUGCCCGCCGGAGCUCUGGCCUGCUCUCCUGGGUAUCUGCAUGUGUUCAGGCUGGCACCGGUGGCUGGUUUGUUUGCCUGCGAAUGCGACUGUUUCUUUAUCUCUUGUAAGCUGUUGCUAAAUUCCAGGUUUCUUAAGACAACAUACAGUAACUUUAGUAUUUUAAACCCACUUCCUUUUUUUAAUGCAGCCUGAGGAGAUGAUAUGUUCUUUGUUGUAGAUCUGUGGCACAACUCUUCAACUGACACGCGUAGCAGUGGCCUGGCCUCAGCGGUCCCUUUGAAUGCUCGUGCCCAGCCUCUCUGUUCACCGUUUCGCUCGCUUGCUGUAACUGUCCGGUAAAUUUCUGUUGAAACAGAGGAGGGGAAAGGGAAGGAAGGCAGGCUUGGCUGGUGGCCUGACAGGAGGCUCUGCUGAGCUUUUCAACUUCAAAAGGGCUAGCAGUAGCCUAGCAGGAGUCCGUGUAUUAAGGUGGAGUUCCUUUUGGAAGAACUAGACUCCAGACAGAGCCUCCUCUCCAAAAUCAGGGUGUUUUGGGUCAGGUCCAAGCUUGGUGCUGCCACUUCAGUGCUUGGUUAGAAUUUAAUCUGUAAAGGUUUGGGCUGUUUCUGUGAAGACACAGCUACUUGGAAAAGGGUCUCUGCUUCGAGCAGAUGGCUCUCAACUCCAGUCAUGUGUCUUGCUCUCUCCCAAGCCUUCCAAAAGUUCUCGAGGCCGAUUCUUCCUCUGCUAUAAGUUGACUGAAGAAUCCUUUUCCUCCUUUGCUUGACUUGGCUUCUGGAAGGGGUUUUUUUUAUUUGAGAUUUUUUUUUUUUUCCCCCUUGUUCCUUACAGAAGUGCUUUUCCCUGUAAGCCAGCAUCUGCAGGCUCUGAGCAGUAGCUCUUGGUUCUGCCAAGUCAAAUCCCCACGUACAAAUGCAGCCCCCUCUGUUUGCCUAUGCCCUCCAGCUCGGAGGCUGGGCUCCCUAGGUGGUCACAAGAGUGUUGGUGAAAGCCCCCGCUCCCUCUGCAUUAAGUGGUGCGCUGACAGUUGUGGUACUCGCAAGCACUUGAUUGCCAAGCCUGGGCUUUCCCCUGAGGGACGGAGG